AGCCCAAAAGAUAGAGAAGAAAUCAGGAGAAAGGCGGAAGAGACCAUUAAAACGCUAGUGUUUAACGAAACCUAAAUUAAUCCAUCAAACAUGAAUGAGGAGAAAUAUCCACGAUCGUCGAUUGAGGAUGAUUUCAAUUAUGGCACGAACGUCGCAAGCGCGAGCGUGCACAUCCGGAUGGAUUUUCUUCGCAAGGUGUACACCAUCCUAUCCCUGCAGAUUAUUAUCACAACUGUUGUGUCUGGUGUGUUUAUGCUCUGUGACCCCAUCAAAAGCUUUGUGCACUCAAGUCCUGCUCUGGUGUUGAUAUCUGCUGUUGGGUCUUUAAUCCUGCUCCUUGCCCUCGCUGUAUACCGACACCAGCACCCUAUCAAUCUUUAUUUGCUGUUUGGAUUUACACUGCUGGAGUCAUUGUCUGUGGCUACGGCAGUGACGUUUUAUGACUACACCGUAGUGCUCCAGGCCUUCGUGCUCACCUCUGCUGUGUUCCUGGGCCUCACUGCCUACACCUUCCAGUCCAAACGGGACUUCAGCAAACUCGGAGCCAGUCUGUUCGCUGGCCUGUGGAUUCUGAUCAUUGCGAGCUUUCUGAGGAUCUUCUUCUACAACGACACUGUGGAGCUGGUUUUCGCUGGAGCCGGAGCUCUCCUCUUCUGUGGGUUUAUCAUUUUUGAUACGCACCUGCUGAUGCACAAGCUGUCACCAGAGGAGCAUGUCCUGGCGUCCAUCAAUCUGUACCUGGACAUAGUCAACCUCUUCCUGUAUAUUCUGCGCAUUCUUGACUCCCUGAAGAAACACUGAAUGCUUUGAUGUUCUUCAGUUUCAGUGGUGAAUUAUGGGUACUUUAAUGCUGUGAGUCGAUUCGAAAUUACAAAAAAAAUAAUAGUCUUUAAGUACUGUAUUAGCAUAUCUGGCCAAAAUAAAUAUAUUUGCACGAUUAUAAUUCAUUACGGGGAAGUAAUCAUUGCAUUAUAGACAAAAUCAUAUAUCAUUUAUAUGGAUUUAAGUCUUACAGAGUACACAUUAAUUUUUCUCUUUAGACAGCAAAAGGGAUCUGAUUUUGCGCUAAAUUUCUUUUUAGUACACUUUUUAGCACAGCAUGUGUUUAAAAAUGUAACUUCUUUUAUGGAGUAGUUUCAUCUUGUUUCCAAACAUUGUACAUUUGUCUCACUUUAAUACUUAUAGAUUGCACAUAUUUGAAUGCUAUAUCAAGUUAUGAUUGUACAAAAUACUUGAUCUGUUUUAACUGUGAUUGAUAGUUACUGCUUUAUGAAUAUUGUUGUUUUAAGUUUAGUGUACCUCAUUUAGUGGUAGUUCCUGUUUAGUUGGUUUAAGUAAAUUACUGCUAAUGGUUUGGGAACAAGCUUUAUAUCAAGCCUACACAUUUUUCUUAAUUUGGUGGAUGUAUGGGAUGUUCAGAUUUAACUUAAUAAUUUAUAAACAUUAGCAUUCAACUUCCUAACUAAAAAGGACUGAAUCAACAUUAACAUUCCGGAAGCUAUUACUUUUAAACAAUUUAUUUCCUUGUGAACAUUAUAAGCUAACAUCAUCACAAUAGUUAUUUACAGCAAUCACUGAUGUUCAUUUGAACAAUUUAACUAAAUGACAAUUAUACUAAAUUAAAGGUUUUGAAACAGCAUGCGACCCAUUUUAAAAACAUCAAAAUGCUGAAAUGGCAGUCAGCUCAUUUAAAUAAAUUACAAAUAGUAAUUAAACCGUAAAAAACACAACAUUCAGUUUUUUAAAAGGAAGCUGCUACAUUAUUUAUUAACCAGAUUCGAAGUGCAAUAUUUAUCAAGCAGAAAUACAUGCAUUUAAAAAAUCAGAUGUUAUAUAAUUUACACUUCCUCCUUGUACAGUACUAAAUA